GCCUUACCUCUGGCAGAGGACAGGUUAAACAUGGCGGCGUCCCUGAGGUGCUUUCUCCGAACAGGAAAGAAUGCCGCGUCGGCUCUGCGACGACGGGAAUUUCACAGGACUGUUCCGGCCGCUGUGCAGGUGACCGUCCGUGAUGCCCUGAACCAGGCAAUGGACGAGGAGCUGGAGAGGGACGAGCGUGUGUUCCUGUUGGGUGAGGAGGUGGCCCAGUACGACGGAGCCUACAAGGUCAGCAGGGGUCUGUGGAAGAAGUACGGAGACAAACGCAUCAUCGACACUCCGAUCACAGAGAUGGGUUUUGCCGGCAUCGCAGUGGGAGCCGCCAUGGCUGGCCUGAGACCCAUCUGUGAGUUCAUGACCUUUAACUUCUCCAUGCAAGCCAUUGACCAAGUCAUCAACUCUGCAGCAAAGACCUACUACAUGUCAGCCGGUCUGCAGUCGGUGCCCAUCGUCUUCAGAGGACCCAACGGAGCGUCAGCAGGUGUCGCUGCACAGCACUCACAGUGCUUCGCUGCAUGGUACGGUCACUGUCCAGGUCUGAAGGUUGUGAGUCCCUGGAACUCAGAAGAUGCAAAAGGUCUCCUGAAGUCAGCCAUCAGAGACGACAACCCCGUGGUGUUCCUGGAAAACGAGCUGAUGUACGGUGUUCCCUUCGAGAUGUCGGAGGAGUCACAGUCCAAAGACUUCACCGUUCCCAUCGGCAAGGCCAAGAUUGAGAGACAAGGGAAUCACGUCACUUUGGUCAGUCACUCUCGGUACGUCGGUUACUGCCUGGAUGCUGCUGCCGUCCUCGCCAAGGAGGGAAUCGAGUGUGAGGUGAUCAACCUGCGAACCAUCCGUCCUAUGGAUGUGGAGAGUAUUGAAGCCAGUGUGAUGAAGACCAACCACCUGGUGACCGUGGAGGGCGGCUGGCCUCAGUUUGGGGUUGGAGCUGAGAUCUGCGCCAGGAUCAUGGAAGGUCCCGCCUUCAAUUACCUGGAUGCUCCGGCUACCAGGGUGACAGGCGUUGACAUCCCCAUGCCAUACGCCAAAAUCCUGGAGGACAACAGCCUGCCGCAGAUCAAAGACAUCAUCUUCUCUGUCAAAAAGACCCUGAACGUCUGAGACACACACACACACACACACACACACACACACACACAAACACACAGGCAAACCCACCUGAAUCCUCUUUGUGUUCACACAGACGAUGGAAACAUCGUCCAGUUAAACAUUUGAAUCAUGUGUAAAUACAGCCAAACGGGUCCUUUUAAACGCUCCAGAUUGAUGUUUACAGCACACAGCUGUUUAUCUGCGCCCAGAGCGGUGGACACGCAGGGUUCUGUCAACUCGCCGCCUCUGUAAGUCGGUCCCAAACUUGACUGAACUCUGUGUUUGAGACUCUGGCUGCUCUCUCCACUAUCUCCCCGUCAAAAUAGAAGUUGCUCUAUCCUGUAAGCUUUUCUGUGUUUCUGAGGAUCUUUGAUAACAACAAACCUGCUGAGCACAAAAAAUAUCAGGAUUUGCUCAGUCUGCAGGGCUGAGAGCUGGCAGGGCCACGCAACUGGUUAUUUAUGUAAAGAAUUGUGUGUAUUUUAUGUCUUUGCCCCUCCAGAAGAUCUGAAUUAGGAAACAUGACUAACUUUAGAUUGCCAUUUAUUACGGCUUUUGCCAUUUAUUUAGGCUAAGAUCUUUGAUAUUGAUGCCACUUUUUUUUAUGAAAAAAUGGGUUAAAACCUGGUAAUAUUCCCCCAAGUAUUGGGAAAAGUUCUCAAUCUGAUAAAACAUCUGGUGAAAUGAACAAACUGAGCAAAAAGUAGCUGAAAAGGAGUUUGAGUCCUGAGUUUGUUCCUGUGUGCUCUCAAAUUUAGACUUGAAGACUGAUUCAAACUUAAUCUUUGCUCUCAGGAGGCUUGUUGUUAAUAAACUUCCACAUAUUUCUAACCACCAAAACAUAUUCAGUCUAUUAACUUAAUUCCUCGCACUGACUCGGGUUCGUCUCUGAAAGCAGCAGUGAAGAAGAAUGAACCAGCUGCGUGCUGGAGGUGGAGUGUGGUCAGGAAUAUUUAUUGUAGCUGCAGCAGCUCUGUGGAUGUUUUUGUUGCUGUAAAUGACUCUGUUACAGAAAUAAAAACCUUUCAGUCCUUCA